UAGCUACUGCGUGAGCUCCAAAAAUGAGUGGAAGAGGCAAAACCGGUGGUAAGGCCAGAGCCAAGGCUAAGACUCGUUCUUCCAGAGCAGGACUUCAGUUCCCCGUCGGUCGUGUUCACAGACUCCUCCGCAAAGGGAACUACGCAGAGCGCGUCGGUGCCGGUGCUCCGGUGUAUCUGGCCGCUGUACUCGAGUACCUGACUGCAGAGAUCCUGGAGCUGGCUGGAAACGCCGCUCGGGACAACAAGAAGACCCGUAUCAUCCCCCGUCACCUGCAGCUGGCGGUGCGUAACGACGAGGAGCUCAACAAACUCCUGGGUGGAGUGACCAUCGCUCAGGGCGGCGUGCUGCCCAACAUCCAGGCCGUGCUUCUGCCCAAGAAGACCGAGAAGCCCGCCAAGACCAAAUAAACAGAACAAUACACCAUUCACAAAGGCUCUUUUCAGA